AUGUUAGGGGAAGUGCAACUUCAGCCUCCACCUAUUCAGCAAAACCCUAGUGAUUCCGAUCCUUUACUCGGUCGCAAAGACGAGGUUCAAGAUGAUGAUGAGUCCCCUGGAAGUUCUACCGAGAUUGGGAAUCAGGAAGAUGUUGAAGCUGGGUUACUCCCUUGUUGUCGAAUUUGUCUAGAAACUGAUUCUGAUUCUGAGGAUGAAUUGAUCUCUCCAUGCAUGUGCAAAGGAACCCAACAGUUUGUCCAUCGUUCAUGUCUUGAUCACUGGCGCUCAGUAAAGGAAGGAUUUGCCUUUUCACACUGCACCACCUGCAAAGCCCAAUUUCAUCUUAAAGUUGAAAGUUUUGAGGACAACUCUUGUCAUAAAAUAAAGUUCAGACUUUUUGUGGCAAGGGAUGUUUUCCUUGUUUUCCUGGCCAUACAAGCUGUGAUUGCUGCUAUUGGUGGCUUCGCGUACAUCAUGGACAAAGAUGGGAACUUCAGGAACUCUUUUGAUGAUGGGUGGGAUAGGAUACUGUCAAAGCAUCCAAUACCAUUUUAUUAUUGUAUCGGAGUGGUGGCCUUCUUUGUACUCAUUGGAUUUUUUGGCCUCAUACUUCAUUGCUCUUCCCUCAAUAGCAAUGACCCCAGAAUGGCCGGUUGUCAAAACUGUUGUUACGGAUGGGGCAUCUUCGAUUGCUUUCCCGCAUCAAUGGAGGCAUGCUUUGCCUUUGUGGUUGUUUUUGUUGUCAUCUUUGCAAUUCUUGGCGUAGCUUAUGGUUUUCUUGCAGCCACCAUGGGAAUUCAGAGAAUUUGGCAGAGGCAUUACCAUAUCCUAACCAAGAGGGAGCUUACAAAGGAAUACGUGGUAGAAGAUCUACAGGGCUGUUAUGUCCCACCCAAGCUAGACCCAGAACAUGAAAGUCGCCUGAAAAUGCUUAAGCUUUUGUGA